GCUUUGUAUUUGUUUUGUAUUUGCAUUUGAAGAGUAGUGGUCUUCUUUCUGGUGGUGACUCUUCUGUUUGCAGUUUCGCCAAUUCCUCCUCCUCCUCCUCCUCCCACUGUUUGUUUGUUUGUUUGCUCUUGCUCAUCAACUCCAAACCCUCUCUCUCGUUCUCUCUUUCACCUGCAUUCCACUUCAUAUAGGAGUUCAGAGAAGAUGGAGAUAUUCAUAGUUUCCAUGGCAAGAUUAUUGAGAGAGCGCCUUGUUGCGACCUUUUCUUACACUUACUGGUCAUUCUGAGAUUGCACUUCUUGUCCGUGAUGGUCCUCAAAUUCAUAGAAUUGUGUUCCUUGAAUGCCUUUUGUGAAAUACAGUCACAAACGUGGACCCAAUCGGUAAGGUAGUCCUUCUAUUUUACGAAACAAUAGAAUCCAGAAAAUUUUGGUGUUUGAGAUUACAAGCUCCUAGUGAUCACUUCAACAACUAUGGCGUACGUGGAGAAUUCUUGAGAGACAUGUUGAUGUGAACUGUGUGGCACUUAAUUAAAACCUAAUCGUGUGAGAGAGAAGAAGGAUAACCGAAAAGGCGUUACCAGGUUCUUUAAAAUGGAGGGAGAUGAUAAAUUCAAGCUUGCUCCCCAUCCCAAGCUGCCGAAGGGCAAAAAGCUCAUGCUCAUUAUCCUCGAUGGCUGGGGUGAGCAGAUUCCAGAUGAGUUUAAUGCUAUUCACCGCGCACAAACUCCUAUCAUGGAUUACUUGAAAACUACUGCUCCGGAGAAGUGGCGAUUGCUUAAAGCCCAUGGAGCUGCGGUAGGGCUACCUACGGAGGAGGACAUGGGUAACAGUGAGGUUGGCCAUAAUGCUUUGGGUGCAGGCCGCAUUUUUAAGCAAGGUGCAAGCCUCGUUGAUACUUCUCUCGAGUCUGGUGCGAUAUAUGAAGGUGAUGGCUUUAAAUAUGUGAAGCAGGCGCUGCCCAACGGCACCCUUCACUUGAUAGGUCUUCUGAGUGAUGGUGGAGUGCAUUCCCGGAUGGACCAACUCCAGAUGCUCUUGAAAGGUUCUGCUAAGCAGGGAUUCAAGAGAAUCCGAGUGCAUGUUUUGACGGAUGGUCGAGAUGUAGCAGAUGGUUCUAGUCUCAAAUUCGUCCAGAUGCUCGAAGAUACAUUGGGCGAAUUGCGUCAGGACGGUUGUGAUGCACAGAUCGCUUCAGGUGGUGGCCGCAUGAGGGUCAUUAUGGAUCGAUAUGAGAACGACUGGAAUGUGGUGAAAAAUGGUUGGGAUGCUCAGGUGCUUGGAGAAGCUCCCCACCGGUUCACUAGUUGCCUCGAGGCUUUAAAGAAGCUUAAGGAGGAUGAUCCUGGUCUGAAUGAUCAGUACUAUCCUCCCUUUGUUAUUGUUGAUGAAUCCGGUAAGCCUGUCGGACCCAUUUUAGAUGGAGAUGCUGUUGUGACCUUCAAUUUCCGCGCGGAUCGUAUGGUUAUGCUUGCCAAGGCUCUGGACCAUGAGGACUUCGACAAGUUUGAUCGCGUACGAUAUCCCAAGAUCUAUUAUGCUGGCAUGCUGUUGUACGAUGCCGAACUCAAUCUUCCGACCCACUACCUAGUGUCCCCACCACAAAUAUCAGAAACAUCGGGUGAAUACCUGGUUCACAAUGGGAUCAAGUCAUGGGUGUGCAGUGAAACGGUCAAAUUCGGCCAUGUGACAUUUGUCUGGAAUGGUAAUCGCUCUGGCCAGUUUAGCGAUACCCUUGAAAAAUACGUUCAAAUUCCUAGCGAUCAAGGUAUCAGCUUUGAUAAGAAUCCAGAAAUGAAGGCCAUCGCUAUAGCGGAAAAGGCUGCCGAAGCUUUUCGCAGUGGUGAAUGGGACCAGGUCCGAGUGAACAUCGCGAAUGGUGAUAUGGUGGGUCAUACAGGAAAUCUUGAGGCGACUAUCGUUGGCUGCACUGCCACUGAUAAGGCCAUCAAGAUCAUGUUAGAUACCGUAGAGGAAGUGGGAGGUGUUUUCAUGAUUACUGCUGAUCAUGGCAAUGCUGAGGAUAUGGUGAAAAGGAAUCCGAAGACCGGUGCACCCAUUAAAGAUAAGCAAGGGAACUACCAGAUACUCACGUCACACACUUGCGCUCCGGUUCCCAUUGCCAUAGGAGGCCCAGGUCUGCCAAAAGGUGUACAAUUUAGGCAAGAUCUUCCCAAUGCUGGACUUGCUAAUGUGGCAUCCACCUUCAUCAAUCUUCACGGCUUUGAGGCUCCUGCCGAUUACGAGCCCACAUUAAUUGAGAUUGUUGAUUGAGAUUUCAUGAUUUGACACUGAUGAAGUGGCCAGUCAGAGAUGAGGCACUGAACGAGUAUUUCAAUUGUGUAGAUUCAAUUCGUACAAAAUGCGCCAUGGUAUAAGAGGACAUUGGUAAUAUAUUCUGGUAUCUCUAGUAAAUUGGAUGUUGCCCUCUUGUGAAGA